AUGAGUGAUUCACCUUUCUACCCAUCUUCUAUUCAGUUCCCUGAGGUAUAUGAACCCCUUCGCAGCACAAAUCCCGAUACGGCAUCUGUGCCAUCUUCACUGCAGCCUGUUUUCGAAGUAGUUGCUGACGCCGACAUCGGAUCUGACAACGGGAAGGAGCCUACUGAUGUUGACAAAAAGCCCCUGGAGCCGCCGCGCCUUCCUGUUCGCACCGCUUCCCCUACUAGCACAGCCCUCAGGGCAGUCCUUAUGCAGACUCGUGCCUCUUUGGCUGACGAGGAGAAGAAACAUGAUGAAAAAGUUGCUCCGGAGAACAACGAGGUCUUAAGAGCUAAAAAAUAA